UGGAUUCUGGACUCGAUUCCACAUAAAACCACAGGAGGGAGCAGCUCCCAGAAUUCAGACGGGUAUCCCUGGGCUGAACGGCAGGGAAGUGCUGGUGCUUUCCAUUUGCAUUCUCUUUAUUUAUGCUCCAAACAUGACGUGUGCUGUAACGCUGAACUGCUCCCUCCCGGAUGCCAAGUCCCUCUACAUGGAAAUAGAAAAGACCUUCAACCUAAGCGCCAUCCGCCCCGUCUACAGCCUGAAGACACCCACUAAUGUCUCUAUCUCUUUUACACUCUAUAGUGUCCUCGGGGUGGAUGAAAAGACACAGAUAUUAACAACUUACCUUUGGCUUAACCUGGAAUGGUACAUUGAGUAUCUGAGCUGGGACCCUGUGCAGUGUGGAACAGCAUUCAUCACUCUCCCCAGGAAGAAGCUUUGGGUGCCAGAUAUUGGUAUUAAUGAGUGCAUGGAUGAUGACACUUCCCCAAAAACUACAUACGUGUACCUGUACUCCUCUGGAUUGGUAUCUGACAGCCGGCCAGUGAGAGCCAUCAGCUCCUGUAACCUGGACAUCUAUACCUUUCCGUUUGAUGUCCAGAACUGCUCGUUGACCUUUAAUUCCUACACGCACCUUGAUUAUGACCUUCGGGUGGAUAUGGCCAUGUCAGGCGAGGAGAUGCUGAGGCAUUCCAAGCUGGUGAUGACGACUGUUGGGGAGUGGGAACUACUAGACAUCAAAGCUAUUAAAGUUAUUCGAUCUAAUUUUUACAAUGAAACCUAUGACACAAUUGUCUACCAUAUCGUCAUGAGACGCAGGCCCACCAUGUAUGUCGUCAACCUCCUGAUCCCCAGCUGCUCCCUCAUGAUCAGGCUGUAG